AGGUUACGUUAAGUUAAAUAACAGGCGCAUGUGCUAGUCCUUCAUGUCCAUUUGUGUUGACAAAUUUAACCUAUUAGAUUAGUUGACAAAAGCACUUGUUUUUAUCUAUGUACAAAAGUUGGCCACUGUCGUGUGUGUUAUCCGCGUGGAAAAUUAGAUUUUCGACUGAAAUACCCAGUGAACUUUUCUUCAAACCAUGACUAGACAUGCGAGAAACUGUACGGCUGGUGCUGUUUACACUUACCAUGAAAAGAAGAAGGAUGCUCAGGCUUCUGGAUAUGGAACCAACUUCCAGAGGCUGGGAAAGGACUCUGUGAAGAAUUUCGACUGCUGUUCCCUCUCCCUACAGCCCUGCCACAACCCCGUUAUCACGAAGGACGGUUAUCUAUUCGACAAGGAGGUGAUUCUCGAGUACAUAAUAGCGAAAAAGACCGAAUACAGCAAAAAACUGAAACAGUUUGAGAAACUGAAGAAGAAAGAGCAGGACGACGCGGCCAAUCAGAUAGCCGGCGAUAUGGAGAAGCGGGUGGCCACAUUCCUGAAGAACGAGAACAACAUAGUCAGCAAACCCUUAGAUGGUUUUAAAGCAGGUGAAUCAACACCCUUAUUAUUUCACCCGACGACCGAAUGCGUUAUUUAUCUGGUUUUAGAGUCGAGCAAAUCGUCGAUAUCGAACAUGGCAAACGGCAAAGACAAAGUGCUGCCUAGUUUCUGGACACCUGGACAGAGCCACCAAAAGGCCCAACUCAAAGCUGAGAAGCCGGACUCAACGAUCUACUGUCCAGUCUCAGGCAAGCCUUUGAAAGUCAAGGACUUAAUCCCGGUGAAAUUCACGCCAGUGAACGAGGAAGGAAAAAAGUCCGUAUUUGCCAAAGAAAAUCGCUACAUGUGCGCAGUGACUCACGAUAUACUCAGCAAUUCCGUGCCUUGUGCAGUCUUACGGCCCACAGGCGACGUCGUUACCUUGGAGUGCGUGGAAAAGCUGAUAAGGAAAGACAUGCUCCAUCCAUUGACCAGCAAGAAGCUGAGUGAAAAGGACAUAAUUAUCAUGCAGAGGGGCGGAACUGGAUAUGCCUUGACCAACGAAAAACUGGAAGCCAAAGCGGACCGGCCGGCACUACAAGCAUAAACACCAUAAUUUAAUUUUAAUUCUCUGUAUUUAUUGUUCAAAAAUAAUCAGCUUUUUGGAGACAGUUGUUUUCGCUUUAGAUCCAUUUCAAGUAUACGCGAUGUAGCAACUUAAAAGCUUCAUGUUGUGAACUCAACCCAAGUGGUUUCUGAGCCAAAAGCUAAAUAAUAGUUCUGUACACUGGCUCCGUCACUCCUAUAGAAAUAUUAGCUUAUUGCACUUUCUCCUAUCCAUUAUCAAACGAAGAAACUGGGGGUUGUAUGCGAUAUUAAGCCUCCGAACUUCCAGUGUGGCUGAGAUACACCACGCAGAAUUUUUUCGUCUGGAUAACAAUUUAAUAGCGAUUCAAUAGUCAAAUACUCGCCCCCCUUAACACUAGUCACAUAAACGUCCCACAAUCGUUAACAUUUCUUUAAUAAAAAUUAAGCUUAAACGUG